UCGUUCAACUGUUGUGCGAGAAGAGUGGCAUCAAUGCAACUGCGCGCAAAACUGAAGCCUCCGCCACUCCCUCUCUCUCCUUCGAUCAACCUCGUCUCGUACACUGCCUGUGAAGAUAUGACAGUGUAGUUAUCUGUAAACACAGACCUCCGCUGUUCAAGGAGUGUGCUCACAUCUCUCAUUCCCUCUCCGCGUUAGUAGUGUAGGAGAGCCCUCCAGCCUCUGAAGUGGCUUCGCUCAAACGCAGCAGCGCGGUCAUCCGAGGAGACAGAGAAGAGGGCAGGAAAAGGUGCAUAUCGCGAAUUCCUCAAGGAUGGAGAAGGACUCAUCGGUCAAGUCUUCGGUGGCCGAGUUGGCCGGGAGAUUCAAAGAUCACGUCAUGCCGACGCCGACUCCGCACGACGAGAGGAAGCCUGUUAAAAGGAGGCCUCCUCCAUGCUUCCUGCAGCUUCACGACGUGAAACAUGACCACGGGGAACUGGAGAAACCCAGCAUCGUCUCUCCACACCCCCCCAAAUUCAAGAUGAAGACCUCCAAGAGUUCCCCCCUCAUCGAGAAGCUGCAGGCAAACCUAACCCUGUCGCCCACCUCUCUGCUACCGUCACCCAAGAGUCCCGAGGUGAAGCUGGCGCCGACGCCCAUCUCCCCCACAACCCAUUGCUUCUUUCCUACAAGCCCCUGCAGCCCGACCCUGAGGCCCCAGCUGUCCAGUGAGGAGGAGGAGCCGGUAUGCUUUGAGAUUGCGGAGGGGACCCCAUUACUCAGCUUCAACAAGAGUCGAGUUCGGCUGUCCUUCAAGAGGCGUCCGCCCACACGGCAGCACCGGCAGUCGUGUGUCGAGGAGGGCGUAGUCUCCGAGGGAGGGGUUGUGUCCCAAGGUAACCAAGACGUCCCCCAGGUGAACGGGGCCGAGGACCAGGUGGAUCAGGUGUUUGAGCAGACAGGGGAGGGCGGGGAGAGGGGCGAGGAGACCCAGGGAAGCCCCCCGUCUCACCCAGACACUCUGACAGAGACUGGAGACAAUGACAGGGACAGGGAACAGGCCAAAGAGGACAACGUUCUGGAGGAGGAGACAGGAGAGGCAGCCCCAGCCACCCAGGAUGGGAAGAAGGAAGCUGGGAAACAGGCGCUAGGUGAGCCCCAGGCUUCAGAUUCUCUGGAGGCCAUAGAGGAGGAGGAAGGGUCUUGUUGCUCUUAUGGAACAAAAGGAGACAACAAGCAAACAGACGAACAGGAGGAUUCAGCUCAGCCUCGGGAGAGGGAUGAAAACCUCUGAACAAUGUUCACAAAUCACUGUUGAAGAAAUCAUACAAUCAGUCAUUGGGUGAGUCCCACGUGGCACCCCUACUGCUUAAUAGUGCACUACUUUUGACCAGAGACCUGGUUAAAAGUAGUGCACUAUAUAAGGAAUAGGGGUGUCAUUUGGGAUGCAUCCUCAUUAAUUAUGAAACUAGCUUGUCUUCUAAGAACCCUCGUUGGACAUUCUGUAUCCUGCAUAAUCUUGGUUCCCAGAACUAAAUCUGUCCUUGCUUCACCUGUCACAUUGAAUUGUGUCUGAUAGCAGUGUAUAGACAAUCCUCUGCAUAGCUUUGUGUUCUAUCAGAUACUGUUGGAGGUGAUACUUUCUUGUUUCUGCAGCAGUUUGAAGUUAUAAUUAUCUUUAUAGUAUUUGGUCCAGGUGUCUCACCUCUCCUGGUUACCUCUCACCUCUCCUGGUUACCUCUCACCUCUCCUGGUCACCUCUCACCUCUCCUGGUCACCUCUCACCUCUCCUGGUCACCUCUUACCUCUCAACUCUCCUGGUCACCUC